AUGUCUGAAAAUUUGAUUCAAUGCUGCCGUAUGAUUCUCGCUUUUCCAUAUUCUUUGUCUUUAUUAAUUCCCGGAGUGUUUUAUUUGGUGGUAUUGCAGGAUUGUGGAUACUUCAUCGAUGACAAACUCUGUUCACUCCCAAAGCAGCAUGCUUCUUAUGCUAUUGUAGAGAUUCCCACACACUCAACUUCUGAGAAAUUCGUAGGGACAGGUAUACCAACACUCUCAAAAUCUUUCCAUUCUGAGUUAGACAAGAACAACCUUGAUCUUUGUAUUCGCAACAGCGAAGAGUCCCCAAGGAAGCCAGGAAUGGAUGACCAUGAUGACAAAACUAAGAAGGGCAAGUACAAGGACAAGCCUGCUAGGUGGAACCAAAUUAAAACUGAGCUUAAUGCUGCUUUGGGUGUUCCUAUCGAUGUUCACCGCAUCAAAUCAAAGGUGGAUAGACUCAAGCAUGAUUGGAAAACCUGGCUAAAAAUUAAGUAUACAACCGGUGUUGGUUGGAAUGAAGAAUUGGGCGUUUUUGAGUACCCUCAUUGGGCUGCAUUGAAUACUAAAAUAGUUGGCGCAAUUAAAUUCAGGGACAAGCCAUUCCCACACAUCGAUGCGUUGACUGAACUCUUCCAUGACCAAACUGGAACCAUGGAGAAUGGGGCCACACCCUCGUAUAGACCAGGUGACGAGGUCACAGACACCACUACUGAUGACAGUCCCGAAUUACCAAGGGCUCGUGGGAAGAGACCUGUUGAAACUGCCCCGUUCGGAGUCGAUUCGCGUGGUACUAAGAAGAGUAAGGGAGAUGAACCAAGUUUCCAAAGUGCUUUGCAGAUGUAUCAUGACGUCCAAAAACAGAAGCAUAAUAGGAUUAGCACCAAGGUGGAGCCUGCCAAAACGACUAUCGAGGUGCUUUACGCGAUGGAGCUUACACCAGACGAUUUUUGGAAGGUAGUUGUUGAAUUUAACAAGGAAAAGCACAAGGCAUUGAUUUUCUUGACAUUGAGGACUGAGAAGAAGUAUGAGUGGAUUAAGCAUACAAACAUGAAUGGGGCUGGUCCAUCUUCAUACCCCACUGACAGUGACGAAGAAAUGGAGGACAUUUCAUCAAAUGACAAUAACUCUGACGAAGAUGAUUUUAUGGACUUGUUGAUGCUACACAUCAUGUAUCAGUAUGAACAACGACUUUUGAAUGCACAAUAUUUGGCGCCUCCAAUGUCGGGUGCACAAUACGUUCAACGAGUACUUCAUCAUUCGGAUCCAAGGAAACUCCGUUCAGCUAUUCAACUAAAUCAUGCAAUGUAUUAUGCGUUGUGGUCUGGCCUGGUGGACUAUGGCUUGUGGGUUGAAAAUUCCAACACCAAAGUUCACAUUGAUGAAGCUUUGUUCAUGUUUAUGUACACCGUUGCAACAAAGCGAACAACACGUGAUAUUGUAGAUAGGUUUGAGCACUCUCUUGAGACGAUGUCGCGCAACUUACAGGACAUGGCAGACGCAAUUGCUAGGGAUCACUUCCCUGCGUAUGGUGACGAGGCUGAUGAUAUUGUUUUCCAGACGCAACAUGAUGCUAAUGGCCCCUAUGUCAUGGAAUAUCAAAGACUUGAUCAGUCUCGACAAGGGAUCAAUCGAUGGAAUGAGUUUCGGGAUGCUGUGAAUGAGGAUGGCUUUCCUCCCGCAUCUGCCACACGUUACGUUCCCUAUCACCAUUUUCCCAAAGGAUACGGUUUGACUAUGAUUAGCCAUAGGCUGCCGGAUAGAUCUGCGUUGAAAAUGAUGGAGCGAAGACUCCUGCGUCAGCGAUUGACUCCUGCUGCACAAGUGCCAAACUUUCCUGGGUCUUUGAUUUGUUUCGUUAUGUUUGGGGUGGUGGAUUACGAAUGGUGUUUGGGGGAUGGUUUUUGGAACGGCAAAAUGGCGAGAACAAGAGUAGAAAAAAUGUCUACGCCAGAGCCUAACCCAGCGUCAUCAUCAGGCUCAAGCUUAGAUGCCAGCGAGCGAUAUAAGAGUGUGAACAGAAACAAUAUGGACAAGAGUCUGCCUCCAACACAACCCAUUGAAUGGCACAACAGUUCACCAUCUCAUCAAGACGACAAUGAUGAAGAAAGAAAUAGUAGAGAAGAGAAGGUCGAAGCAUCUACAUAUGCCGCCGAAGUGAGAAAUGGGAAGAGGAAUGAUGGCGGUGAUGAUAAAAAAGCAAAGAAGAAGACUGCAGCCACAAAAUAUGAAGGGAAAAACAAAGCAAAGAAGGAGAAUGUUGCACAAAAUAAACAACACAUAAAAGAGAUUUUAAAAUUUCAAUCCAGGGUGUCGCCGACUGGAGCUUUUAAAAUUUUCAGUGUGCUUGAUGAUGGUCAAAUAAAGUUGGCUCAGGAAACAGGUUUUGGGCACCUUUUGAGCCUAGGAAUCAGUCAACUUUCACACCCAGUUUUGUCCCUUUACCUUUUAUGCAAUUUCAUGUUCAACAACAAGACGUUGCUAAUUCAAGGUGGAAGACAAUUACUGAAGAUCACGGAAGAAGAUGUGGAAGCUGUGCUUGGACUACCACGUGGUCCAAAGAUAGUAGUUGAAGCCUAUGAUUCCUUGGACAAGUCCGAAGAUCAAGAGGAGUACAGGAAUCUGUUUGGCUUUGGAAGUGGCGAACCUCUGGAUAGGAUUGCAGUACCGAAAAGAUUGGAUGAGGAUGAGCCCACUCAGACCAAGAAUGACAAACCUAAAUCAACAAUAGGAGAGGAGAUGAGGAAGAGAAUGGUAGGCCAUGCACAGAAAAAAGAAGAAGUCCAAGAAGAACCACAAGUAAAAUCAGUUCCCACUGACCCUAUAUGGUGGAAUUCUCCGGAAAUGUUGGAGUGCAUUAGGACGAUGGACCAGGUUAUAAAGGAGGCCAAGCGUAAAGUCCCAGAACUGAGUGAUGGGUCAACAUCCAACUUACACAUUUCUGAAAAUGUUACAGAACACCAAGCUAAUAUUCCUGAUGCCAAUAAUGUUGAUGGAAAAGAGUUUAGUGCUGAGAAUAUUCAAGAUUUUGAUGGUUUCACACCCGAAGGAGAUGCAACUGUUAAAAUUGCCAUAGAUUUUGCAAGAUCUUAG